UCUGAAACUCCUCGAGUGGGGGUUUACCGAUCUUGCGGUUAUUUAAUUUGACAAGUAUAUACCAUAAUUUAAAAUACGCUUACUGGGAUGAACUAUUUUCUAUUAAUGUCUCUUUAAGAAUCAAAAUGUACUGUCACCAGUCGACUAAAGACACGCGGAUCCAAGACCCUCUGCUUGCAGCACACAAACCCCACCGGCCACGCUCUCCUUCGAUUGGCUGAGUCUCUCUGUCAGUCACUUAAUGUUCCCAGCACUACCGCUCCUACAGUAAAUAUUUGUGUUUUCUGAACCGGCUGUAAUGGUGGACGACUGAGGCAGAGAAACGGAAUACAGCUCGAGUGAAGAAAGAUAGGAAAACGGUCGAAAUUGUGCUUCAGAGCCAUUCGCCGCGAGUAGGACACGGGCUUCGUCGAAAAUGGAUGAACUCAAACAUCAAGUCAUGAUUAACCAGUUCGUCCUGACGGCGGGUUGUGCGGCAGACCAGGCGAAGCAGCUUUUGCAAGCGGCACAUUGGCAGUUUGAGACUGCCCUCAGUGCCUUUUUUCAAGAAACAAAUAUUCCAUAUGGCCAUCAUCAUCAAAUGAUGUGCACCCCGGCCAACACACCUGCAACGCCCCCCAACUUCCCAGACACCUUGACCAUGUUCUCGCGGCUGAAGGCGUCCGAGAGCUUCAACAGCGGCAGCCCCAUGGCCGCCUCCAUGGCCGCCUCGCCCCCGCCCCCUCAGGUUGGCAGCUGGGGGCUUUCACCAAACAUACCCAAUAUGCCGCAACCUCCACAGGGACUCUGGACUCAGGGGCAGCCCCCCACACAGCCCUGCCCUGCCUGGCCCACGGGCGUUAACCCGCAUGCAGGUGCUGAGCAGAAGGCUAGUGUAGCGAUGGAAGCUGAGAGAUGAAGGGCCACAUGGGACUGAAAAGCCUGAGAGGUAGGGAACCAGGGGAUGAAAGAGAGGGUAGAGAGGGUUGGAUGGAUGUGGAAACAGACAGAAACUACGCAAACCAAGAAAACCAAGAAAAACAACAUGGACAACUUCAGAAGAGGAGAAAACCAAUGCAAAUGUCUACAAAAAUAAAGAGAGAGGAAAAAAAGAUACGCACACACAUAGUAAUAAGAGAGCAACUGAAAUCUUUGUUAGUAAAUGCAUAGGUAAGAGAAAUAGUACUGAACUAAAAACCAAGAUUUUUUUUUUUAAAUUGUCACGCCCAAGGAUUCUACUUGAUGUUCAAGGACAUUCAAGGCAGCAGACUUAAUUUUGUGUUUUUUGUUUAGUUGUUCCCCAUCUUCUCAGCCAGUGUGUUUUUGCCACUGGUGUUCUGUGUUUCUGCAACCGUCUGUGCUGCAUGAAGAGGGAGGAACAUAUAAUGCAGUGUUUUAGGGUGACUCAGAAAUCAUCAUGCACUUGAGUGUGAGUGUGUAUGCAUGUGAACGGGAGGACAGUUUGUAAUCAGAAAUGUAUACGCACACAUUUCACACACACGCACACACACUUAAAAUAGCGUUUUGAGAAAACACCUCUGUAUUGUCAUCCUCAUCGUCAGAGGUGGGUCUUUUCUUACCUCACCUGGUGGUCACCUGACUUCUUUCAGCCAAUCAGGGAUUCUUCUUAAACCAACCGUUGCCGCCACUGCAGGAUAUUUUUAAAGGUUUUUUCUUAAAGGCAGCAGCCGCUCUGGUUUAUGCUAACCAAUCCUUAUUGCUAUGGCUUUUUCCGGACACUUUUAAACCUGGACUCAGACUACAUCUGUCCACUUGAUACUUUUUUUCUGGAGAUAUGGGUUAUUACAAGGAAAAGGAGAAAUCGAGGUUUAAUGUAAUAUUGUUUUUAAUGGUAAUUGUUCUGUUUUUGUUGAAAGGUUAAUGGAGGUGGCUUUGAAUUUGGGUGGGACUUCAGGUUGAUAUAUAUAUAUAUAUUUUUGGAAAGUGACUCAGUCACAGCUAAAACGGCUACAGUUCAAAGAAAACGUGACAACUCCAUCUUUGUAAACAGAAUCGCCACUUUGCAUGAUGUGUUUUUAAUGUGAACAUGUUCUGUAGCAAACAUACAUGAGGUCAAAACAUGUAUAUGGGAGCACGUGGAGUUAAAGAUGAGGGUGGUGGGUGCCAUUCCCCCAAGCUAAAAGGACUGCAGCAGUGCAAAGUGUCUUAUUAGAUAUGACAAAACAAAAGACAAGAAAAUGGGUGCUUCGGGAAGCACAUCACAGGCCGGGGGGACACUACAGACUACUUUCAGAUAUACAAUUUAUAUUUAUGCACAUAUAUAUAUAUAUAUGUACUGUAUAUCAGUACAGUGCAGUACAUAUAUCUACACACACAUACAUAAUCAGAUACUGUACUACAGAGGGGUUUUUACAACAUUUAGGUCUCUAAUUUCAACCUAGUCCGUGUUCCACUGAUAAUGCUGAGGGAGAGUUCAGGGAUGACUCUGACAUACAGCAAUAUUUUUAAUGCACAGUCUGCCCCUUUUUAGUUUGUUACCAGAAUCAAGAGUAAGAUGAGAUAUUUUGAGUAGCUGGGGUCUUUGUUUUCCUAAGACGAUUAACAUGUUUGUGACUAUAAUGAUGAAUGAAUAACCAACUUCCUUUUUUAUUAUUCAGACUAAAUCAUGUUUGACUUUAUCCUUUGUCCAUGCUUCAUACUUUAUUUCAUUAAAUCAGAGUGUUUCUGGA